GUAUGUCUCCAGUAUGUAUCACGAUAUGAAGAACGGUAACAUCUCCCUUGUCACGGUUGUCGCAAAUAUUUCUAACAAGAAACAGCUCGAAAGUCAUGAUUCGCAAGGACCGUGCUCACAGAACGGUAUACGAGAAUCUGGGUGUUUUGUUAACAACAGUAAAGUUGAAGGAUGUUUGAUAAAUAGACCGAGCUAGUUUCUAACCUGUUUAUUUCAAUGUUCAUACAUUUGCAGAGUGUGGAAUGUCUCAUUAUGAUAAUAACAUAUGAUAACAUAAAUUAUUAUUCAAUUUAAUUUUAUCACAUGAAUACUUCUCGACUACAGUUCCAUAUUCAACACUUUCUCUUCCAGAAAAAAAAUAGAGAGGAAACGCAGAUACAGUAAAAGAUUGGAUGCUUACAAUUACUUAUUAGUAAUCUUAUUAUUAAAAACAAUUGAGUUAUUCACUGCACGAUAUAUACAACAAGCAGUUUGACAAGCUAUUUUGACUUUUAUAGAUUUAUAGCUAAAGAUUUAAAGAAAAAUAUAAAAUUAUUGAUACAUGAUAAUUUAUUAAUUAUAAUACUUAAUAAUUGUAGUAUUUGACAAAUUAUUAUAAUAUUUGAAAAUAGAUUUAUAUACGAUACUUUAUGUUGUCAUUUAGAAAUGUUUACGCGAUUCAAGAAGAAUUUUAGCAAGGAUCAAAUAUAAAUACCAUUGAUACAUCUGUGUAAACUAUACAAUAAUAUAGAUCCAGCCCAUAUAUGAUGGGAGUGUAAUCUGCAUGAUCAAAGUUCAAGCAAUUUGCAUCAUUAUUGUGACAUUGACCAGCUGAGCACCAUGGAACAAAGCUUGCAUCUAUUUCGGAAACUAGCUCGCCAGUACUUUCCCAAGUCCAUUUCCAGAGCAGCGUAUCGUUGAACAUCGACAAUUUACAUUGGCCAUCAAUCCAGAUAUGCUGCAGUUCUGCAAUUAUCAAACAUAUGAAAUAAAUACUGAUGCAUUGCAUCGCAAUUUGGUGCGCGAUAAACGGCGGUAGAACAGCAAGAAGCGCAGUCAGCCCAGAUAUACUAGCGAAUUUUGCUAAGAAUGUAGCCUCCGUGUUGUCGCCGGCGAUAUUAGGCGAUUUACAAUUCCGCACCAACAGAUCGUCCUUGAGUCUGACGGCACCCACCAGCUUAAACGACGAUAACCUGGACAGACCUUCAAUCCUGGACAACAUAGUUGAUAAAACGUCAAACGCACCUACGUAUUACGGAUCACAGUCUUAUCCCUACAACGAUCUCUACGAGAACUCUCCCGAAGGACUCGAAGAAAACUCCGAAGCAAACGAACAACUCGAAGGAUCUCUACGAGAUGAACCCUACCUGCGUCAAGAGCGACCAAAUUUUUACAGACCUUACGAUCUCUCAGCGAAUGACGAUCUCGAAGUGACUCAAAAACCUGUUGAUACCGAAAAUAUCGAGCCAUUGCUCGGCAACAUCGAGGAAUCGUCCACCAACUUGUACUCGUCUUAUCACGACGUCGGUUUUGAUAAAGCAGCUUUCGGUCACGGGCCCUUCUUGGCUAAGUCCUACGCAGGCUUCCAUGGAUUCGGGCCCUACGGACACUUUCACGGACAUCAUCAUCAUCAUCAUCAUCAUCCAUAUGGUGAACCGCCAUCGGACGGUGAGACGAGCUCGGAGGAGAACAAUGGUACUGAUCAUCGAGGUUACGGUCAUCCCUAUGGCUUCGGCAACCACGGCUAUCAUCCCUAUUCUCCGUUUCCUUACGGGGGAUAUGGUAAUCACGGUCCUUUUUACGGGCCCUAUGGUAGGAACGGAAAUAAUUCUUCCGAUAACGGGCGAAACAGACAUUACGGGCCUUACUACGACGGUCCCGACUUCUAUGGACCUCCCCGUUACGGCUACAAUGGCCACAAUAAUGGUAAUAAUAAUAAUAAUAAUAAUAAUAAUAACAAUAAUAAUAACAGACAAACCGAAGAACCAGCCGAGAAUGGCGAUCAGAAUAACUCGACAAGAAACGGCAACCCGCAUCCUUAUGGACCUCCUUUGUUCAAGCCGCCCCUGGGAGCUUUUCAUCUUCACGGCCUCCCGUCUCCUUUCAACCUGCUGCCCUACGACCACUUCCACGGAGUGUUCAAGGGCGGCCCUGUCGGGGUUGGCCACGUUGGCUAUCCCAUCUAUGCCGGUCCUUAUCCGAUUGGCUUUCCAUUCCAUCAUCCUUACGGGCCUUUCUUCCACGGUAAGAAGUAUCUGCCACCGAAGGGCAAGCCCUCCGACUCGGGCGAAUCCGGCGAGUCAACGGAAGCGCCAGCCGGAGAACUUGCGGAAGAUGAGAAUCCCGAACGGAUCAUUGCACUCAAUCAGGAAGAGAUAGCGCUGGCUCCUAGCUCGAAUCGAUACAAAACAUCGGGACAGAACGGGCUGAAACGGAUCAGUCUGGUUAAUUUCGGGAGCAGAAAAGUCUGAUCUCUGGAAAACGUUGAAUUUGAUGAAAGGAAGCAAAGUAAAGUUAUAUUGUAAUAAAAAUAUAUAAAGAAAUUAUAAUAUAAAUCAUAUAAAUAAUAUAUAAAAAAAUUAGAACUAUUAUUCUUUUUUCUUAGGAUAACUUAUUCGCGAAAUACAUUGCUUGUAAAUAAAGGAAAUAAUAAAUUAAAAGAGAGAUAUAAAGUAUACAAUUUUAACUGUAAGCGAAAACUUCUCUUAUUUUUAACUAAAAAUGUAAAAGAAAAAGAGAAAGAAAGAGAGAAAGAGAAGUGUUAUAAAUUGAGAAAAAUAUAUUUUUUAAGUAAUCUUUAUUUUAUACAUAAUAUUUUAUUCUUCUUCUGUCAGGUAAGUGACAUGAUUUACAUUCUUAUUAUUGUUGUGAUAUCCCUCUCGUUAAAGACAACAAAAUUAGCACACAUAGAAAAAUUAUUAUGACUUUUAUUCGCUACUGUUACGGCGUUGCAAAGAUGGUUUGGCUGUA